GGACACGUUUGAUUGAUAGCGCUUGUGUCUUGCUGGCAGUUCGGGCAACCGCGGCGCCCGCCAGGCGGCGUCCUCGCCAGUUCGCGUUUCGCCAACGAAGAAGAACGCAAACAAGAUGGAGACGGUGCCCGUCGCAGUCAAGAUACGUCAUUCGUUUCGCUAAACAAUUCAAUUGGGACAAGUACAUAACCGCACCGAAGGUAGAUACACGUCGAAAAGGGAAAACUGUCGUCGUCACUGUUUUGGACGAUUUAUUCCCCGCAUAGCUCUCUCGUCAGCUCGGUUCGCUGAGCGAGAAUACGGAAGUGAGCAAGCUAAAGCUAAGCUAGUGCUAGCGAGCACAGAGCCCGGUAAAGUGUUGUUGUUAUUGUUGUGGAGGGGAAACAAAAUGUGCAAAGUCCAAAUCCUGCGAGCUUUGGUGAAUCAGCGACUAAACGCUGCCGUCGAAGAAAUAUUUGUGGCGUUUGAAACAACGAUGGCGGAGUACGAGGAGGAACUGUGUCGAUCCAAACAGGAGAUCGAGCGACAGCGCCGACUGCUGGACGCUGUUUGCAAGCCUCGAGUUGAACUUCGGCGACACAAAGCAGAUGUACCUCCUGAGCAGCAGCAGCAUGAAUCAGUGCCCUCCGACAUUAAAGAAGAGGAGAAAGUAGGAGAGCAGCUGGAGCAACUCGCUGAGUUCCCAGGUCGCAGUGCAACAAGCCAAGACGACGGCGAGGAGCGAGCUCGGCCUCAUCGCCGUCAACGCGAGGAGACCGGCGAGUCAAGUGAUCAUCACACGGUGACACAAGCACACAAAUGCCACUUCGGUCAGCCCCAAAAUAGUGAUAUGACGUCGGCCUACGCCGCUGACGGGACCAAAGCGAAACCCCAAAAUCAUGAGAAUUUUAUCUGCUCCGAUUGUGGGAAAACGUUCAGCCGGCCUGCCGGUCUGAAGAGACACAUCAGGAGCCACGCCGGCGACAAGCCGUUCAGCUGCUCGUUCUGCCGUCGGAGCUUCAAACACCGCUCCACGUUAGAGAGGCACACUCGCGUCCACACGGGGGAGAAACCUUUCAGCUGCUCACUGUGCAGCUCCACCUUCAGCCGGCGCACCGGCCCGGAAGAAACACAUGAGGAUCCGCACGGGCGAGAAGCCCUUCGGCUGCUCUGUGUGCCACGCCAGCUUCACCAAGCGCAACACGCCGGUGCUGCACAUGAGAACGCACACGGGCGAGAAGCCCUUCGCCUGCAGGUUCUGCGCCAGGACCUUCUCCCAGCAGGGUGACAUGAAACUCCUCAACUCACUUCAACACAGUUCCAAGAUGCCACAAUACGGCAAAGCACUACUCUUGUCGAAAGGAAACCCCUCAACUCACUUCAACAUAGUUCCGUAACACCAAGAUGCCACAAGAUGCAUGCACAGCACUGUUUGUCUAAAUGAAACUCCUCAGUUGAUUUCAACAUAGGUCCUUAGCACCAAGAUGGAUGGUGCCAAAGCUCUACUUUUAAAAAACUCUAAAUGAAACUCCUAAACUCACUUCAACAUCAUUUCUCGGCACCAAGAGGCCACAGUAUAACCUCAAUGUGCUACUUUUGUCUCAAGGAAACUCCUCAACUGAGUUCAAAAUAGUUCCUCAGCACCAAGAUGGCACACUAAAUAGCCUCAAUGUGCUACUUUUGUCGAUAGGAAACCCCUCAACUCAUUUCAGCAUAGUUCCUUGGCACCAAGAUGCCACUCUAUGCUAACAAAGCACUACUUUUAUGUUAAUGAAGUAUCGCAACUCACUUCAAAAGAGUUCCUUGACCCAAAGAACGCCACCAAAUUAACACAUGCAUUACUUUAGCCUGCGAAUAAUGUACCAUAAGUCCAACCCCCCCCCCCCCAAAUAAAAAAUGGGACGUAAUGAAAAGAAAAGUUUAGGGAUUAAUUAAUACAAAGGUUAUGAAUGUCGGUCAGUGCUUCUGACGCUGUUUAGUUCCACCGAACUGUAGCCGAGGCCCGCCUGCCUCCUCCCUCGGCUGCUGGUCGCCAUGUCCGCCUUCUUCUGGAAGGCGUCCAGGAAAGCCGCCGCCGCCGCCACCACCGUCGUCCUGCCAAACAUCACAGGAUCAUUUGGUUCAAUUUCAUUCAUCAUUGUUUGCAUCUCGUGAUUUUUUUUUUUUUUUUUUUCCCCAACUGGAAAUGAUUUUCUUCCGGUUGGCCAAAAUUGUCAUCAGUAAGUCCCAAGUUACUGGAGCAAAAAUCGAGCGAGUCAAGCGGAGUCCCUACUCAAUUUCAGAUAAGUCGUGUCCUACUGUACAAUCUUGCUCGGUCACAUCAGAAAAUUUCUCAAGAUUGAAACACCAACUGGCCUACCAGGGAGGUGUCAAAGGGGAGUUCCUUUCUAGGGCCCGACCAAUGCAUCCGUUGGCCAAUUUUAUCAGCCGAUGAUCGGUUGGAGUUUUACUAUUAAACGCUGAUCUAUUCUCACUUUCUGAUGAAACAGUAAAUGCUGUUAAGUGUCGGAGUCACACAGCAUGGCCGCCGUUUGUUCUCAACAUGGAGCGCUAUUCAAUCCGAAAACAUUCACAUUACUUCAGUCUACCAAUAACAACCGGGAAAAACAGGUUUCAGCAUUUGCGUGUGGACACACAUUUCUCGGAACGAUUCCUCCCGUUUCAGUUGAGCUCUCCGUGUUUUGAUAUCUGAGAAAGGCAUCUCAGGUUUGUAUUUUCAAGUCAUCACUUCAUGGCAAAGAAAAUAAUAAAGUCGAAGAAAUAUGACUUCAUAUUAAAGGACAUUGUGUCGUCUAAUUAAACCAACGGUUGUGAUUCACUAUUGAAUGUACACAGUAACACCAGUUACACAAUAGCAAACAUGAGAUUUUCCAUUACAUAUUUGAUUGCCUUCUUCAUUAAAGGUUGAACAAAAAUAAAGAUUAGUUCAAGCUAAUUGGUGAGCUGAACUGUCGCCAUGGCAACACUGCAGCAGUCUGAGGAACCCCGAGGAAUCCAUCACAGCUCUCCUCUGCCUUCGUUUUUCAUUUUGCUCACAUUUGCCGUGAGCAAGGAAAGAAGCGGUACCGAUCAAUGCAAACUAGAACUAGUAGACAUUCCAACAGCUUCUUCCCUCUUGCGAUCAACUUCUUAAACAGCUAACCUAUAAUUCCAUUACAACAAGCUGGCAAUUUUUUGACUUGAGUUCGUUGUCACAUUUCUGUGGGGCCAAUGAUGUAUUACUCGUGCACUCGCUGUAGUCGUCUCGCCGUGCUGCACUAUUUGCAUAUACUGGCCACUCAUGCCAGAUUAGCAUCUGCUCCAUUUGCACACUGAUUGAGGAGCAUCUGCAACAUUUGCACAACCAUUGUCCCAGAUUAUCGCACUACUCGUCACUUUAAACCGCAUACACUCCUUGAAGUGUCAGCGCCCUUUGCACAAUGGUCAUUGCACCGGACUAUUGCGAUAUUAGUCAUUCGAACUGCUCUAAGUGCUCGAGGACUCUGCAUCUUUUUGCACAAUUGUUUUUUGUCAAUGUCUUUGUGUCUCCAAAGUGUUCUGUAAAUUGACUGUCUGUUGUACUAGAGCGGCUCCAACUACCGGAGACAAAUUCCUUGUGUGUUUUGGACAUACUUGGCAAAUAAAGAUGAUUCUGAUUCUGA